AUGCCCGGCUGGCCGUGGGGGCUGCUGCUGACCGCGGGCACGCUCUCGGCCGCGCUGAGCUCGGGGCUGCCGGCGUCCGCCGACCCCUGCCACGACGAGGGCGGCGCGCCCCGCGGCUGCGUGCCCGGCCUGGUGAACGCAGCCCUGGGCCGAGAGGCGCUGGCGUCCAGCACGUGCGGGCGGCCGGCCACUCGGGCCUGCGACGCCUCGGACCCGCGGCGGGCGCACCCCGCGGCGCUGCUGACCUCCCCAGGGGGCUCGGCAAGCCCCCUGUGCUGGCGCUCGGACGCGCUGACGCAGGCCCCCUUCAACGUGACCCUCACCGUGCCCCUGGGCAAGGCUUUUGAGCUGGUAUUCGUGAGCCUGCGCUUCUGCUCGGCUCCGCCGGCCUCCCUGGCCCUUCUCAAGUCGCAGGACCACGGCCGCAGCUGGGCCCCCCUGGGCUUCUUCUCUUCCCACUGUGGCCUGGACUACGGCCGGCCGCCUGCUGCCGCCCGCGGCCCUGCUGGCCCCGGGCCUGAAGCCCAGUGCUUCCCUGCACCCCAGGUGCAGCCCGAUGGGGGUGGCCUCCUGGCCUUCAGCAUGCAGGACGGCAGCCCGGCAGGCCUGGACCUGGACAGCAGCCCUGUGCUGCAGGACUGGGUGACGGCUACCGACAUCCGUGUGGUGCUCACAAGGCCCGCCAGGCCCGGGGACGCCGGGGACGCGGAGACCACAGCGCCCUACUCCUACUCGGCCACCGAGCUGCAAGUGGGCGGCCGCUGCAAGUGCAACGGGCACGCCUCGCGCUGCCUGCUGGACGCCCAGGGCCGCCUGACCUGUGACUGCCGGCACGGCACCGAGGGGCCCGACUGCGGCCGCUGCAAGCCCUUCUACUGCGACAGGCCGUGGCAGCGGGCCACAGCCCGGGAGGCCCACGCCUGCCUCGCUUGUUCCUGCAACGGUCACGCCCGCCGCUGCCGCUUCAACAUGGAGCUGUACCGGCUCUCGGGCCGCCGCAGCGGGGGCGUCUGCCUGAACUGCCGGCACAACACCGCCGGCCGCCACUGCCACUACUGCCGGGAGGGCUUCUACCGCGACCCGGGCCGGGCCCUGAGUGACCGGCGCGCCUGCAGAGCCUGUGACUGUCACCCGGUCGGUGCUGCUGGCAAAACCUGCAACCAGACCACAGGCCAGUGUCCCUGCAAGGACGGCGUCACGGGCCUCACCUGCAACCGCUGUGCCCCCGGCUUCCAGCAGAGCCGCUCUCCGGUGGCACCCUGCGUCAAGACUCCUGUCCCCGGCCCCACCCAAGAGAGCCGCCCCGUGGAGCCACAGGACUGCGACUCGCACUGCAGACCCUCCCGCGGCAGCUACCGCAUCAGCCUGCGCAGGUUCUGCCGCAAGGACUACGCGGUGCAGGUGGCGGUGAGCGCGCGCGGGGAGGCGCGCGGCGCGUGGACGCGCUUCCCAGUGGCCGUGCUCGCCGUGUUCCGGAGCGGCGAGGAGCGAGCGCGGCGCGGGAGCAGCGCGCUGUGGGUGCCGGCCCAGGACGCGGCCUGCGGCUGCCCGCACCUGCUACCGGGCCGCCGCUAUCUGCUGCUGGGGGGCGGGCCGGGGGUCUCGGCCGGAGCCGGGGGGGGCCGGGGCCCCGGGCUCAGCGCCGCCCGCGGAAGCCUCGUGCUCCCCUGGAGGGACGCGUGGACGCGGCGCCUGCGGAGGCUGCAGCGGCGCGAGCGGCGGGGGCGCUGCCGGGCGGCCUGA